AUGUGGACCAGAUGCCUGCUCUUCGUCUCAAUCUUGUUUGCUCCCAUUGCCAUUGCCUCCAGCCGUGCCCCUAUCCCCAUGGCAGUGGUGCGUAGGGAGCUGUCCUGUGAGUCCUAUCCCAUCGAGCUUCGCUGCCCAGGCACAGAUGUCAUCAUGAUCGAGAGCGCCAACUACGGCCGCACUGAUGACAAAAUCUGUGAUUCGGACCCCGCCCAGAUGGAGAACACUAGAUGCUACUUGCCUGAUGCAUACAAGAUCAUGUCGCUAAGAUGCAACAACCGGACCCAGUGUGCUGUGGUGGCCGGCCCUGAUGUCUUCCCUGAUCCUUGCCCUGGCACAUAUAAAUACCUGGAGGUCCAGUAUGAGUGUGUUCCUUACAAAGUAGAACAAAAAGUAUUUCUUUGUCCUGGCAUUCUGCGAGGAGUGUACCAAAGCGAGCAUCUCUUUGAGUCAGACCACCAAUCCGGUGCCUGGUGCAAAGACCCGCUGCAGGCCUCAGACAAAAUCUAUUAUAUGCCCUGGACUCCGUACCGCACAGACACCUUGACAGAGUACUCAUCAAAGGAGGACUUUAUCGCUGGCCGUCCCACCACCACCUACAAACUCCCACAUCGUGUGGAUGGGACUGGCUUUGUUGUCUACGAUGGGGCACUCUUUUUCAAUAAGGAGCGCACCCGCAACAUUGUAAAGUUUGACCUACGCACGCGCAUCAAGAGUGGUGAGGCCAUUAUUGCGAAUGCCAACUACCAUGACACCUCACCAUACCGCUGGGGAGGCAAGUCAGACAUCGACUUAGCGGUAGACGAGAACGGACUGUGGGUGAUCUAUGCAACAGAACAGAACAAUGGGCGCAUUGUGGUGAGCCAGCUCAACCCCUACACCCUGCGGAUCGAAGGCUCCUGGGACACCAGCUAUGACAAACGCUCUGCAUCUAACGCCUUCAUGAUCUGCGGAGUCCUGUAUGUGGUGAAAACUGUCUAUGAAGACGACGACAACGAAGGAACAGGGAAUAAGAUCGAUUACAUGUACAACACUGAUAAAAGCAAGGAGAUGACUGUUAACAUACCAUUCCCUAAUUCUUACCAGUACAUUGCAGCAGUGGAUUACAACCCUAGAGACAACCUGCUGUAUGUGUGGAAUAACUAUCACGUGGUCAAGUACUCAUUGGAUUUUGGCAACAAUGACUACCGCCCUCCCAUGAUCCCUCCAAACCGAGGAGGGGGAGGAGGAGGUGCAGGUGGUGGGGGUGGUUCCUCCUCUUCUUCGACAAGCCGCACCACCACCACUCGUUCUCCACCCUUUUACACCACCCCACGGCUUCUUCUCACCACCUUGCCCGGCCAACGUUAUCGAACCACCACCACAGUCCGCCAGCCCAUCCUGGUUCCUGCGGGAGGCUCAUCGUCUGAUACCAAUCAGAUUCCAGACACCAACCAGAAAGCUGGAGGACGCUCCCCUCCAGUGCAGGUCCCUCCAGCGGCCCCGCAGCCCCCUUUCUUGCCUCCCCAGGACUUUUGCAGUCCAAGAGUGACAGCUGAAAUAUCGUGGCCCCGGACACAGCAAGGCCAGACAGCCAAGCAGCCCUGUCCAGUUGGGACACUUGGCGUGACUACAUACGUGUGCGUGGCCCACUUGGGCUACUGGGAUCCUCAAGGCCCUGACCUCAGCAACUGCACAUCGCCCUGGGUCAACCAAAUUAUGCAGAAACUCCGUUCGGGCGAAACAGCAGCGCUUGUGGCCAGAGAUCUGGCAGAGCAGACCAAAGGGCUCCUGCGUCCUGGCGAUGUGCCAUCUACUGUGCGGGCAAUGGCCCAACUGGUCGAACUGCUAGACGUCCAACUUAGGAACCUCACCCCCGGUGGCAAGGACAGUGCUGCACGCAGCCUCACCAAGCUUCAGAAGAGAGAAAGGUCCUGCAGGUUUUUCACACAGGCGAUGGUGGAGACGGUGAAUAAUUUGCUGCAGCCACGAGCCCAGACAGCAUGGAAAGAGCUGUCCACCAGUGAGCAGCUGCACUCGGCCACUCUGCUCCUCGAUACCGUGGAGACGGGGGCUUUUAUGUUGGCUGACAACCUCCUCAAGACUGACACUGUGCAGGAAACCACUGACAACAUUCAGCUUGAAGUGGCCAGACUGAGCACGGAUGGGAACCUUGCAGACUUGACGUUCCCUCAGUCGGAGCUACAUGGAAACUCCAUCCAGCUGUCAGCCAGCACUCUCAAACAGCACGGAAGAAACGGUGAGAUCAGGAUGGCCUUUGUCCUGUACAGGAACUUGGGUUCUUACCUGUCCACAGAGAAUGCCAGCGUUAGACUGAGCAGUGAGGCUGUCUACCCUAAUUACUCUGUUAUCGUCAACUCCCCGGUCAUCACAGCAUCCAUUAACAAGGAGAGCAAUAAGGUUUACCUGUCUGAGCCUGUGGUCUUCACCGUCAAACACUUGCAGCAUUCGGAAGAGAACUUCAAUCCCAACUGUUCGUUCUGGAGCUACUCCAAGCGCACCAUGACGGGAUUCUGGUCUACACAGGACUGUCGUCUGCUGGCCACCAAUCGCACACACACCAGCUGCUCCUGCACACACCUCACCAGCUUUGCCGUUCUCAUGGCCCACGUGGAGGUCAAGAAAGCAGACAGCAUGCAUGACCUGCUCCUGGACGUGAUCACGUGGGUGGGAAUCCUCUUGUCGCUGGUUUGCCUGCUUAUCUGCAUCUUCACCUUUUGCUUCUUCCGUGGGCUGCAGAGUGACCGCAACACCAUCCAUAAGAACCUCUGCAUCAGCCUCUUCAUUGCUGAGUCACUGUUCCUGGUCGGGAUCAACAGGGCCGAUCAGCCGAUUGCCUGUGCAGUUUUUGCGGCCCUGCUCCAUUUCUUCUUCUUGGCAGCCUUCACCUGGAUGUUCCUGGAAGGGGUACAGCUCUACAUCAUGCUGGUAGAGGUGUUUGAGAGCGAACACUCCAGGACUAAGUACUUCUACCUGGCAGGAUACGGCGUGCCUGCUGUCAUAGUAGCCGUCUCCGCCGCAGUGGACUACAGGAGCUACGGCACCGACCGAGUGUGCUGGUUGCGAUUGGAUACAUACUUUAUCUGGAGCUUCAUAGGCCCUGCCACACUUAUCAUCAUGCUGAACGUAAUCUUCCUCGGUAUCGCUCUUUAUAAGAUGUUCCACCAUACAGCCAUUCUCAAACCAGACUCUGGAUGUCUGGACAACAUCAAGUCUUGGGUGAUCGGGGCCAUAGCCCUGCUGUGUCUACUGGGCCUCACCUGGGCUUUCGGCCUGAUGUACAUUAACGAGAGCACCGUGAUCAUGGCGUACCUCUUCACCAUCUUCAACUCUCUACAGGGCAUGUUCAUCUUCAUCUUCCACUGCAUACUGCAAAAGAAGGUGCGUAAAGAGUACGGCAAAUGUCUGCGUACUCAUUGCUGCAGCGGCAAAAGCGUGGAGACGUCAAUCUCCUCCUCCAGUAAGACCACCACCUCACGGACCCCAGGCCGCUACUCCACAGGCUCACAGAGUCGUAUCAGGCGGAUGUGGAAUGACACUGUGAGGAAGCAGGAGUCUUCCUUCAUCACUGGAGACAUAAACAGCUCUGCCACGCUCAACAGAGGAGCCAUGGCUAAUCAUCUUAUAACUAAUGCUCUCCUUCGUCCCCAUGGUACUAACAAUCCUUAUAACACUCUCCUGGGGGACUCGGCAGUCUAUAACAACCCAGCCGUGGGCAUGUACAACACCCAAGCACCUUACCGAGACACAAAGGGCAUCCUGAACAACGCAAGAGACUCCAGUGUUAUGGAUACACUCCCUCUUAAUGGUAACCAUGCCAACAACUACAGCAUGGCCAGCAGUGAGUACUUGAGUGACUGCGUCCAGAUUUUAGAUCGUAGUGGUGGCUACGGCACCCACAGUAACCACAAGGAGACGACCUUGGAGAAGAAGAUCCUCAAGGAGCUAACCUCCAACUACAUCCCAUCCUACCUCAACAACCAUGAGAGGGCCACUACGGAGCGCAAUCACAACCUGAUGAACAAGCUGGUCAACAGCAUUGGUGGGUGUGUGGGCAGCAAUAAAGAGGACAGUGGUCCCAUGGUGCUGGACAACCCUGUAGCCUUCCCCCAUGAGGAGAACCUGGGUUUGGAGAUCAUCAGAGAGGAGUCCAAUGCGCCUCUCCUGCCACCACGGCCCCCUCCACCAGACAGUCACCCACCACCUCCUCCUCCUCCUCACAGCUUCUCCAGGCCCCGACGCAUUCCCCAGGAGACCAGUGAGAGCUUCUUCCCCCUGCUGACCAAUGAGCACACUGACGAGCAUUCGCAUUCACCCAACCACAGAGACUCGCUGUACACCAGCAUGCCAGUGCUGACGGACCUCCCGGAUGGGCAGAUGAACGGUUUAACAGAUGGAGAGGAAGAAAGUUCUGGGGAGCUGCAGCCCUGUAAGAGUGCCACUGCUCCGGAGCUAGAUGAUGUUUAUUAUAAGAGCAUGCCAAACUUGGGCUCCAGGAACCACCUUCAUGAGCUACAGAGCUACUACCACAUGGGCCGUGGUGGCAGCGAUGGAUACAUGGUGUCCGCCAACAAGGAGGAGUCUGAUUCGUCGCCUGAGGAGCCACCCAUAGACCCUUCCCACCUGGUUACCAGUCUAUAGAGCCAAUCAAAAGACUUCUAUCCCUCCCUAGCCUACUCUCACACUUCCAACCUUCCAGUGAAAAUCAUUCUGUUGUUGACUGACAAACUGAGCUGACCUGCCCCUGGAUUGAUGUGCUGUGAGCGACAUUAACUAUGGUUUAUAACAAAAUGGUGGAGAUAUGACUGGUCAAAGGAAAGCAGGGACUGAAUGUAUUGUCAUAUAUGGUGCCGACUGAGAGGGUGGCUCUGAGUGACAUUUUGUGAACAUCAAACAGGAAUAGAACUUCUAACCUGGAAAGGAAAGGAAGGGGGAGGGAUUCUGUAAUUUUACCCCACCUGUUAACUUUAAUUUGGAAUCUUGGAUUGAGCGUAGCCCUUCAAGUUCCCCAAUAUGGACCUCCAGCAGAACAUAGCAUAUAGUUUCCACUACCACUACUACAGGGGUAUGGCCCCCAGCGCUGGUUAAAGGAACAGUCUGUUUGUUUGUCUGUAUGUCUGUCUCUGUCUCACUCUAAAGACAUGUACUGGGAUAACAUUUCCACUUCUUCAAAUGGUAGAGCAGGAUGAUAAACUCUGGUGUUCACAACAUAAACUUGCCUAAAAAAGGCCCCACCCCACUACCUGCCAAUCAAGUGGAGGAUGUAUGAUAUAUGCCCUCACUACCAAUCCCAAAAACUACUUUACUGGGCAACCGAACUGUAACCAUAUCACGCUGAUGUUCUGAACUCUCUUCCUGUUCGUAUCUGCUAAACUGGAGUUGUGUCUG